AUGGCGAGAGAGCUUUGUGCUAGCCAAUUGGAUGUGCAAGAGAGGGAGAGAAAACGCAUCGGAUGGGGACAAGAGAGACAAAAGCAGUCCAAUCCCACACCAGGUCAUACCAUCAUGACUAUGUUCGAUUUGGAUCCGCUUAUGACAGGUGCUAUUUCAUUGCUCAUUGGGUAUGAAAAUGUUGAGCAAGAGGAUGAUAGUGAUGCCAGCAGCGACGAUGAAGCAAUUCAAAACCCAAAUAUUAUACUUAGUAAAGAGGAUGUUUACAAGAGAGCUCAGGACAAUGGCUAUGAGGAGGAUGAAGGCGCAGCUUCUACUUAUUUAUUGUCGCAAAAGGGUCACAAGAAGAAACACAUUAUGCAGCAGAGGAUUAAUGGUUUAGGACCAUAUGAAACUGACGUAUCUUAUGCGUCAGUCAUUGCCAAGGUCCGCGUCUACGUGGACGACCACUACUUCUGUGACACCCACGAGAGGGACAUGGUCUACAUUGAAUACUACUCCAAUAGCGAGUCAAUGAUGGCGCCGACGAGCAGCUGCUCUAGUAGGCGAUGA